AUGCCCGAACGGGUGCGAACCGUCUUCACCGACGACGACGACGAGGCACCUGUCGCCAAACCACAAACGACCACGAAAACCGGGCCGAAGGAGGUCUCGGAGGGGACUCAGAAUGGAAGAAUCAAUAAAGAGAUUGGCUUAAAAAGGAGCAAGGAAAAGGGCAAGAAGCGGAAGCUCGAGGAGCUUGCUGACGGACCCCUCACCACUCGAACACUCGAGGUGAACGGCUCGCAAUCCCCUGAUACUGGCGCCAUGAGCAAGAAGAAGCCCACGGAAACCGCAGACGAGUCCACUACGAAACCCAAAGACCGACACCAGAAGCAAAAACAAAAGCAACGCCCGCCUACAGACGACGAGAAGAAAAGAUUCCAUUCCCUCAAAAAGAAAGCGGAAGCCCUCUACGAAAUCCGCAAGAACCUCCCCAUCUUCGCGCACGGCGACGAGAUUCGGCAAAACCUCCGCAAAAAUGACGUUAUGCUAUUGAUCGGUGAAACCGGUAGCGGAAAGAGUACACAGAUCCCGCAAUUCUUGGUAAACGAGCAGUGGUGUCGGCCGACAAAGACUACAAUCGUGAACGCGGAUGAUGGGUCGCAAAAGGAAGCGCUUGUCGGCGGGUGUAUAGCAAUCACGCAGCCUCGACGUGUUGCUGCGAUUUCGCUUGCGCGGCGUGUGGCGGAGGAGAUGGGGACGCCGCUGGGGAAUUCUUCGCCGGCGAGUAAAGUUGGUUACUCGGUGCGGUUUGAUACAUCUACGUCACCGAGUACGCGGGUGAAGUUUUUGACAGAGGGAAUGCUGCUUCAGGAGAUGCUGCAUGAUCCGUGGUUGACCAAGUAUAGUGCCAUUGUCGUCGAUGAAGUCCACGAGCGCGGUGUGAAUGUCGAUUUGGUGAUGGGAUUUUUGAGGAAUUUGGUCUCCGGGAAGAAGGAAGGGAGAGGUGGAGUGCCGUUGAAGGCCGUGGUCAUGAGUGCCACGGCUGAUAUGGAGAGCCUACAAGAGUUUUUCAAGGAAGGGUUUCAGGGACGGCAAUUGGAGGAGGCUAAGAAGGAUGCACCCGAUGGCAUUGCCGUAUGUCAUAUCAAGGGUCGCCAAUUUCCGGUGAAGACGAUAUACGCUCCGGAGGCGGUUCAUGAUUUUGUCGACGCGGCGCUCAAGGUGAUCUUCCAGAUCCACUACAAGGAGCCUAUUCCAGGCGAUAUCCUAGUCUUUCUGACGGGUCAGGAGACAGUCGAAGCUCUGGAGAAUUUGGUGAAUGAGUAUGCCACCGGAAUGGAUCCUGCAUUACCGAAAAUUCAAGUUCUCCCGCUCUUUGCUGCGCUCCCACAGGCAGCUCAACAACGGGUGUUUGCUCCUGCACCGCCCCGGACUCGCAAGAUCAUCCUGGCGACGAACAUUGCAGAGACAUCCGUGACGGUGUCUGGUGUCCGGUACGUCGUGGAUUGCGGAAAGGCGAAGAUCAAGCAAUUCCGAACCAGGCUAGGGCUGGACUCCCUGCUUGUCAAGCCCAUUUCGAAAUCCGCUGCCACCCAGCGGAAGGGUCGUGCUGGUCGAGAGGCGCCUGGCCAGUGCUUCCGAUUAUAUACAGAGAAAGACUACCUUGCACUCGACGAGGUCAAUACGCCGGAGAUUCUGAGAUGUGACCUCAGCCAGGCCAUCCUCAAUAUGAAGGCUCGUGGUGUAGACAAUGUCAUAGAAUUCCCGUUCUUGACACGGCCACCUCGCGAAGCAUUGGAAAAGGCUCUACUCCAGUUGCUCAGCAUCGACGCCCUCGAGGAAACUGGUAAAAUCAGCGCCAUCGGAUCGCACAUUGCGAAGCUCCCAUUGACUCCGACACUGGGUCGCGUGCUGCUUGCUGCGUCCGAUUUCGGCCCAGAUUGUCUGCUUGAUGUCAUUGACAUUAUUUCAAGUCUCAGUGUGGAGAACGUCUUCUUAAAUACCACAUCGGAGGAGAAAAAGGAAGAGGCAGAGCAGUCUCGACGUGAUCUAUACCGAAGAGAGGGCGACCACCUUACGAUGUUAAUGACUGUACGGGCAUACGCCUCAGAAAACACCGAUCGAAAAGCAUGGGCUGAGCGGCAUCUGGUCUCACAUCGGGCCAUGCAGUCUGUCAUGGAUGUCCGCAAACAACUCACGGCCCAAUGCCGACAAGCGAAACUGCUCCCGAGUUCCACUGAGACUCAGAGUUCAUCAACAGUCAGAGAACCUUCCCCUAUCCACAUCCUGAAGAGCUUCCUACGUGGGUUUUCCACAAACACAGCUCGUCUUGUGCCGGACGGCAGCUACCGUACUGUGGUGGGGAACCAGACGGUGGCGAUACACCCCUCCAGUGUGCUCUUCGGAAAGAAGGUGGAGGCCAUCAUGUACAAUGAGUUUGUGUUUACCAAUCGUAGCUAUGCGCGAGGGGUAAGUGCAGUGCAGAUGGACUGGGUAGGAGAAGCUUUGGCAGGGGAGUAG